AUGAUUGGAGCCCUUCGUCCCUCUGCCACCCGCGUGAGUUGAUGUGGCUUGCCUCGUCUCGUCAGCACCCCACCCUGGCAGGGUGUUCCCCGUUUAGUCCACCGCGCAGGCGACGCAGGGCGCCCCUUCCAGAGCGGGAGGUCCCACAUGUCAAAUGCGAAGCAGACCCAGCACCGCAUGCGCGGGCUUCACAUGUCCUGCCUCCGCAUUGAAAGUGAUUGUAGAGCAGAGUAGUGCUGACCACUCCCUGGUGUGUUCCCCAUCGUAGGCCUUCUCGCAAUCCGCUGUCUCGGCGCGCGACCUGGCUCGAGUCACCCUCAUCGGUCGCCUCGGCGGUGCCCCCGAGAAGAGGCAAACGAAGAACGGCAAGGACUUUUUGAUCUACAAGGUCGCCACCAACGACCCCAUGUUGCCCGCCCCGGAAGGAGGUUAGUCCCGCGCUCGUCUGCUGCAGCCACGCGUCUUCCGCCUCCUUCGAGGACAACGGGAACCCUCGACGCGUCUCGUUUGCAAAACGCUUGUCGUUGACGACUGCUGUCUCGCCCCCCUCACCGACAUGCAUCCACCAUAGCUGCUGCUCCCGCACCUACUACGUCAUGGCACACCAUCUUUGCCUACGGCCCUGGCGUUGAGCGACUCGAGACGCUCGAGAAGGGGUCAGUCUUUUACGCGCCGCCCGCUGACCAAAGCCGUUCCUCGGACUGACCCACGACUUAACCUUCUACCCUUCUGAAUGUAGCGCUCUGGUCCACGUCGAGGCGCAACUGACGGUCAAGAACUCCACCACACCUAGCGGAGAGUACAAGACUGACUACUUUGCCAAGCACGGUGAGUCACCCCGUGUCCUCUCGUAGCAUCUUGUCAGGUGCUUGGUGCACCUCCACCUCGGACCACACACUGAUGCUGUUAUUUGUCCACCCAUCUUGUGUUUGCGGACAACAGAGCGCCUGAUGGUCAUCAGGAAGCCUACUCAGACGGCCGCCUAA